CUGCUCACUCUCUCUCUCUCUCUCUCUCUAGAUCUGUAGAUUAUUUACAUAUUAGCAUAUAUACGGUGAGAGAGAGUGUGAUGAAGAUAAGGUAUUGGGAGAAGUCUAGAGGAUACGAAAGGCUUGAUGGAUCGGCGAAGAAAGCGAAAUCAUCGGGUGGGAGAAAUGUGAAGCGAGUCAAGUUUGAUCCGACCAGCAGGAAGAGACGGUUUUGGAGGAGGAUCAAGAUAGUGCCGAAGCUGAAGGUCUUGAAAAGGGCGUCUCCUAAGAAGUUUUUAACGUGGCUUCGAGAUGCUUACGUCAAUAUGAUGCUGCGCCUAGCUAAUUCUCGGGUCAUCGAGUCUUAUGGAUACGGUGGAGAAUAUGGACACGGUUCGGGUUUAGCGUCGUCGAGGGAGUAUGAUGAGAAGAAGCUGGUGGAGAUUUACAAAUCCAUGUUGAUGGCGCAGGGGACUCUCGUACCUAAGCUUUCGGCCGAUUCUAUAAAACUUUCACCUCUUAUGUAA